AUGGAGAAAAUUGAUUUGUCCACCAAUUCCAAACACAUCCAGGACCUGUACAACAAGGUGGUCCGCGGCGAUGGUUCCACCACGUAUGCCGUUUUUUCCGUCGACAAAAACGGUGUUCUUGACGCCACAGCUUCGGGAUCGGGCGAUUUGUCUGAAUUCGUCGAAGAAUUCACCGACGGCCACGUCCAAUUCGGCUUGGCCCGUGUCUCCGUGCCUGGCUCUGACGUUUUCAAGAACUUGUUGCUCGGAUGGUGCCCAGACAAUGCGCCGGUCAAGUUGAGAAUGUCUUUUGCGUCCAAUUUCGCCGACGUGUCUCGGGUUUUGAGCGGUUACCACGUGCAAAUCACCGCCAGAGACCAAGACGACUUGGAUGUAGAUGAAUUCGUUGCACGUGUUGCUGCUGCAGCCGGUGCAAACUACUCUGCGCAAACCUUGGGCAAGACACAGAAGUCGACGCCCAAGCCUGCUCCUGCGGCUGUGAAGCCGGCCCCUGCGGCCAAGCCGGCUCCUGUGGCGGCUAAGAAGCCUGCCAGCUUCGUUCCCAAAACUACCGGAAAGCCAAUUGCUCCGGUAACUCCGAAGCCGGUGAUUCCAAAGCCAGCGUCUUUCUCCACAAAGACAGUUGCCAAAUCCUCGGACAACGACGACGAGUGGGGUGGAGAGAAGGAAAUCGAAGAACGUGACUUUGAGCGCCAGCCGUUGGAGUCCGUUCCUUCAGCAUACAAACCAACAAAGGUGGACAUUGACUCCUUGAGAAAGCAAAAGUCUGACACCAUUUCCUCGACACCAAAGCCUUCUUUGAGCAACACUGCGGCUUCCGAAGAGAAAGACGAGCCUGCGCCAUUGAAGGACAGAUUGAAGGCCUACGAGUCUAACGAUGGUAGACUUACAUCUUUGCCCAAACCAAAAAUCAGCAAUUCUGUGGCUUCUCGCUUCAAGCCUGCAGUUUCCUCGGGACCUAGCUUUGGCGCCAAGCCCACCUUUGGCGCUCCAGUGAAGAAAGAAAAGCCGGCAGGUGGAAUCUCGAGAAACUUUGGUUCCGAAAACGGCAAGACCCCUGCUCAAUUGUGGGCUGAAAAGAGAGGAAAGUACAAGGAUGUGUCUGCGGACGAGGAUUUGGCAGAAAAGACUGCAUCGUUGUCGGUCGAGCAAGAGCCUGAAGAACCUGAACAGGAGCCAGAACAUGAGGAGCCAGAAGAGGAACCAGAGCAUGAAGAAGAAGAAGAAGAAAAGCCACAACAGUCUUUACCUUCCGUGAUCAAGCCAAUUAACAGCUUCGCUGCUCCUCCUAAGAGAAACCUCCCUCCGGCUCCGGCAGUAAAGGAAGAGGAGGAAGAGCAAGAAGAGGAAGAAGAGGCCCCAACCCCUUCGUUGCCUGCAAGAGGUCUUCCUCCUUUGCCUAGCAGAUCAGAAGAGCCAGCUCCCUCUUUGCCCACUAGAAAAGAAGAACCAGCUCCCUCUUUGCCUUCUAGAACACACGAAGAGCCAAAAGAAGAGCCAAAGGCUGGUGUUAAAGCUGUAGCUCAAUAUGACUACGAGAAGGACGAAGAUAACGAGAUUGGUUUUGCUGAGGGCGAUUUGAUUGUUGAAAUCGAGUUCGUUGAUGAGGAGUGGUGGUCUGGAAAACACGUCAAGACAGGUGAAGUUGGUUUGUUCCCAGGCUCAUACGUUCUGAUCAAGGAGGACGAUGAAGAAGCGGAUGAGGCCCCAGAAGCUUCUCCAAAGGAAGAAGCUGCAGAAGAGGAGACCCCAGCUACUAGUGGUAACAGUGCAGUUGCCGAGUAUGACUACGAAAAGGACGAGGACAACGAAAUCUCGUUUGCUGAAGGCGAUUUGAUUGUGGAAAUCGAGUUUGUGGAUGAGGACUGGUGGUCCGGAAAGAACUCAAAAACGGGCGAAGUUGGUUUGUUCCCUGCCAACUAUGUCAAGUUGCAGUGA